AUGCCCCUGUCAUUGCUCUUGGAUUCCCCGUCCAGAGGACUAAGGCUCAAUCCCGGGUUCACUCUAGCUUCCGAGCUAUUAGCAAUGAAUGGCAAGAAUAUUGCAAAUAAAACGGCCACAACCCCUUUCACCAUACUUUGCACACCGGACAUUGGCCUUUGGGAGGGCUCACGCGACAGUCAAGAUUUCCUCUUUUUAGCAGUAUCUUUGGAAAUGGGUACAUGCCCCGAAGCAAAUCCAAGCACGGCCGAGUUGGACGUACGCUAG